AUGGCAUUUUAUGUGUUUAGUACCGUUGUGUUUGAAAAGAAGCAUUAUAAGGUAAUAAGCAUUCUAUGCCUACGACUGCUAUGCCUAAGCCUACUAAACUUAAGCCUACUAAGCCUAAGCCUACUAAGCCUAAGCCUACUAAGCCUAAGCCUACAAAGCCUAAACCUACUAAGCCUAAGCCUACUAAGCCUAAGCCUACUAAGCCUAAGCUUACUAAGCCCAAGCCUACUAAUCCUAAGCCUACUAAGCCUAAGCCUACUAAGCCUAAGCCUACCAAGCCUAAGCCUACUAAGCCCAAGCCUACUCAUCCUAAGCCUAGCCUACUAACCUAAGAUUAUUAAGAUUAAGUCUACUAAACCUAAGCCUACUAAGACUACAAAGUCUAUGCCUAGCAAGAAGAAGCCUGCUAAACAUAAGCCUAAGCCUCUUGGCAUAUUUUAAAUAGUUUUUUAGUGGUGGCACGACCUUCUGCAUGUCUAUAUGGCCAAAGUGUUCCUAAUCCCAGCCAUUUUAUUCUACGAUCUGAUCUUUUCAUCAGCAUUCUUCUCUUACGACCCAGUCGAACGGGAGUACAACCUAUACUCAUCAUCACCCUUUCCCCCACUGAUAACUCGCGAAACUGGAGUGAAAUUCAUGUGGAUUACCCUGAUAGCUACGUUGACAUUCAUGUCGAUUACUGUCAGUAUUAUCAUUGUAAAGUUGUGUAUGAAGAAACGGUUUGAACACCAUGAGUUGAGCAACUUUGGGGUUACUGUAGUUUUCGCUUGUUGUCGAUUCGUUUUUUUGUAUUAUCAGGUAAGUUACAAUAUUCUAGGAGUAUCCUAUUCUACUUUACCGUAUUAUUCUGAGACCUAUCCUUCCAUGCCCUACACUACCCUACCAUACCCUACGGUAUCCUACCUUACCCUACCCUAAGCUACCCUACUUUACCCGCAAAACACAACUAUAUUUUCAGAUAUUAACCCUAAACCUAACGUCCUUAAACCAACGUUCCGACCUAUACGUUUUGGGCAGAAGCUUUCCUGUUUGGAACGACGUGAUUUGCUUAUCGCCAGCGUUCUUCAACGUGAUUAUCAGCAAACCAAUCCGAAGGCUGGCUUUGCCAUUUUUAUAUUGGAGACGACACAAGGUUCAUGAUGAAAAUGAAGUUGGAAGAGCGAAGGAAGACCUUGAAAAAGGUGAACAAGGUCAUGAAGAAGAGGGGGUCAUGAAGAAUGAAGAAGAUGAACAUGACGAAGAUAAAGGUAAUUCUGGUCAAAAUGAAGACCAAGAUUAUAAGAACAAUCAAAAUUUUGAUAGAAGAAACAGUAAAAAUCAAGAUUUAAACCAAAAUUAUCAAGAAAGCGAAGAAGAUAAAAAAGAAAAACAAGAACAAGAUGAUCAAAAUGGACAAAAACAAGAAGAAAAAGAACAAGAUGAAGAAGAAAAUAAAAAAGAAACUUCAGAAAUAUCUGACAGUACUGAAGACACCAAGAUUUACCGCACAUAUAACCACAGAAACUCAGUACAGAUCAAUUUCGACCAUAAACUUGAUCAACAUCAUGGUGAAGAUGCGGAAACUCAAAAUACAGGCGGAAAUAAGGAAGUAAACCUAAAUUCUCAUGAUGUGGAUAUUAAGAUAGAUCGUAUAGAUGAAACUGGUGAACAUACGAUUAGAAAUCAAGCUUCUAAUAAUGAGAUAAUUGAGGAAGAACAUCUUGAAACUUCGAGAACCCGAAAUUUAGAAGAACAUGUCGAAGUAAAUAACGAAAAUCAAGGAAAUCAUGAGGGUAUUGACCAGGAUAAUGGUGGAAAUAGAAAGAAUAGUUCUUUAAGCAAUCAUGAAGAAGAUAACGAGCAAAGAACAAGUCGGUCAAGCACACGAAAUGUCCAUUUUACUGCGUAAUCUCUGAGUAAACAAUGUUCUUCAUAAAUUGUUCGAAAUAAUUUUAAAUCUAUUGAAAAAAUAUUAAAAAUAUAUAUUGGUUGAUAAAAUUUAAUGUGUACUAUAUAUUUUUUAUUUUUAUUAAUUUGCCUGAAGCGAAAAUGCAUUUUUUAUCGUAUAAAAUGUCGCUUUUGGCAAAAGUCGGCCAGGGCGCAGCUGUUCGUGGUUACAUUCCGUUUUGAUAUCUUUUUCUGGACGCAUUUUGAAACAGCCAAAGAAAGCGUGUCAAUUCUCUGGCUAAUUUACUGUUUUAGGAACUUUUUUUGUGUACUUUUGUCUUCUAUUUUCAGCCAGUUCAGCUUUAACUAAUAAUUAUAUUAUUUUAGAGAAGUCUUGGCAAAAUGUCGGAAGAACAUCUUAUUACCGUGUCGGAGAAUAUUCAAUUGGCUCCUUUGCGAAACCUGGAUGAAUUCAUCCUGGACAGAAGCCGUUUCCAGGUAUGUUUUUGAUCUAUUUAUUUGUUUUUUAGGAGUUACAGUUUAGAUUUGGUCAAUAAAGGCUAAAAAAUAUUAUUCAUAAGCAAAGGCUGAUAUGAUGUUAUUCUUUUGGCCAUAACUUUUUUGAAGGAGGUUAAAAACCUGAAAUUUGAUGUUAUGUUAGAUUUUCUUUUUCUACAGCUGUUGAAACAAGAAUCAUCUUCUAAUUUAUUUGAUUUUGAUAUUAUUUUAGGCGCCAACCUUCAACAACUUUAAAAAAUGGAACAAUCGGAUUGUGACCAACUUUUUGUAUUAUCAAACCAACUAUUUUGUGUUCUUGUUGGCUACGAUAGCUUUGGGAUCGUUUGUUCAUGCUGGCGACGUUUUGCAAGCUUUGAUUGGACUUGGUUUGGGCAUGUUUUGCGCAUUCUUUGCUGCCUCUAGGGCUCCCAACGCUCUUAAUGUAAGUUUUUUGCUUUGUUUUUGGUUUUUAGAUAACAAUUGCUUUCUGAAUUCUUCUGAAAUUUGGAAAUAAUCUUAUUCAUGGCAUUUAAACCUAGUUUCCAUGAGGAAUCUUUUAGUUCCGUCAAGAACAUCCUUAUAUUACACUUGGCGCCAUUCUUGUUGUUGGAUUCUACAAUAUCUACGUACUCUCAGCGAUUGUUGUUCUUCUGUUCAUCAUUUUGAUCCCAUUGUUGUUUGUAUUCAUCCAUGCUUCAUUCAGACUCAGGAACUUUGGCUCGAAAUGGAACUACGCCGUGGAGAAGAUGCAUUUCCGUCGCACUUUGAUGUCGUACAUCUUGGACACGCUUCAUUUGGACAUUAAGGCGGAAUGA